UUCAGAUUACAAGAAUGGGGUUUUUUGACCGUCUGGCCUCGGCGCUCGGGCUGAAGAAAAAAGAAUGCAACGUGCUAGUGAUUGGUCUGGACAACAGUGGGAAAUCCACUCUACUCAAUCAUUUUAAACCUGAGGAGCAACAAAACCAAAAUAUAGUGCCUACUGUUGGAUUCAAUGUGGAGAAAUUUCGAAAUCGGAGUGUUGGGUUUACAGCCUUUGAUAUGUCGGGACAAGGGCGGUACAGAAACCUUUGGGAACACUACUAUAGGGAUUGUCAGGUAUACCUUUGGGAACACUACUAUAGGGAUUGUCAGGUAUACCUUUGGGAACAUUUCUAUAAGGAUUGUCAGGUAAACUUUUACGGAACACUACUAGGGAUUGUCUGGUAUUCAUUUGGGAACACUUCUAAAGGGAUUGUCUGGUAUUCAUUUGGGAACACUUCUAUAUAGGGAUGGUCAGGUAUACCUUUCCGGAACACUACUUUAGGGAUUGUCAGUUGUUCAUUUGGGAACAUUAAUAUAGGGAUUGUCAGGUAAAUUUUUGGAAACACAACAAUAGGGAUUGUCAGUUAUUCAUUUGGGAACACUACUAUAGGGAUUGUAAAUAAUUCAUUUGGGAACACUUCUAUAAGGGAUUGUCAGGUGUUCAUUUGGGAACACUUCUAUAGGGAUUAUUAGGUAUACCUUAGGGAACAAUAUCAAGAGUUGUCAGGUAUACCUUUGAAAAAAAAAAAACACUUAAAAUUGUCAGGUGUACUGUUCGGAAAUUUUCGGGUAUACCUUCGAAUAAAGAACACUUAAAAAUUGUCAGGUAUACUGUUGGGAAAUCUAUAAAAGAAACCUUUGGAAAAUCUACUAUUGUGACCACAAUGAGAACCAGAAAAUUGUAUGAACGUCAUGAAACAUAAGAUGUUUCAAACUUUAAAUUUAAUUGUCACGCCGAGGUAGUAGAAACC